CAAAAUCAAUUUUCGGCACACUUCCCAAUUCAGGCUCUGGCGUCAUCUUCAACCCCACAACCCCUUUCCUCUCUUCGUAUUUAUUCGUAAUCGUACAACAACACAUCACAUCGACACCUUCUUCGUAGUCUCUCUCUUUCUGUCUGUUGAGCUCUGUUUCUCGGAUCAAAUAACAACAGCGUUGUGAAGAAAACUAUGCAGUCGAGUGCUGAUGCCAAUCAACGCAUUGCCAGAAUCUCUGCUCACCUUAAUCCUCCUAAUCCCCAGAUGGAGGGAAGCUUCAGAUUAGAAAGAAAGAAUUGCCGGGCUAAAGGUGGAUCCCUGGGAUUCAAAGUUGCUAUUUUGGGUGCUGCAGGAGGCAUAGGUCAGCCUCUUGCAAUGCUGAUGAAGAUGAAUCCGCUGGUUUCGGUUCUUCAUCUCUAUGAUGUCGUCAAUACUCCUGGGGUGACAGCAGAUAUUAGUCACAUGGACACUGGUGCUGUGGUGCGCGGUUUUCUAGGGCAACAACAAUUGGAGGAUGCCCUUACUGGAAUGGACCUUGUAAUCAUUCCUGCCGGUGUUCCAAGGAAACCGGGAAUGACGAGAGAUGAUUUAUUCAAGAUCAAUGCAGGGAUCGUUAAGACCUUAUGCGAAGGAGUUGCCAAGUGCUGUCCAAAUGCCAUUGUCAACUUGAUUAGCAAUCCUGUGAACUCUACCGUUCCUAUUACAGCAGAGGUUUUCAAAAAAGCUGGCACCUAUGAUCCAAGGCGGCUUUUGGGAGUCACAAUGCUUGAUGUUGUUAGAGCCAAUACUUUUGUGGUGCGCGGUUUUCUAGGGCAACAACAAUUGGAGGAUGCCCUUACUGGAAUGGACCUUGUAAUCAUUCCUGCCGGUGUUCCAAGGAAACCGGGAAUGACGAGAGAUGAUUUAUUCAAGAUCAAUGCAGGGAUCGUUAAGACCUUAUGCGAAGGAGUUGCCAAGUGCUGUCCAAAUGCCAUUGUCAACUUGAUUAGCAAUCCUGUGAACUCUACCGUUCCUAUUACAGCAGAGGUUUUCAAAAAAGCUGGCACCUAUGAUCCAAGGCGGCUUUUGGGAGUCACAAUGCUUGAUGUUGUUAGAGCCAAUACUUUUGUGGCUGAAGUUUUGGGGCUUGAUCCUAGGGAAGUUGAUGUUCCAGUUGUAGGGGGUCAUGCUGGGGUUACGAUUUUACCUCUUUUGUCACAGGUUAAACCUCCAUGUUCUUUCACCUCUGAGGAAACUGACUGUCUGACAUCUCGCAUUCAGAAUGGUGGAACUGAAGUUGUUGAGGCAAAAGCUGGGUCAGGAUCAGCAACUCUGUCCAUGGCAUAUGCUGCUGUUAAAUUUGCUGAUGCAUGUUUGCGUGGCUUGAGAGGAGAUGCCGGCAUUGUUCAAUGUGCUUUCGUGGCUUCUCAGGUGACUGAACUUCCUUACUUUGCAUCCAAGGUACGGCUUGGCCGUAAUGGAGUUGAGGAGAUAUGCCCACUUGGUCCCUUGAAUGAAUAUGAAAGGGCAGGGUUAGAGAAGGCAAAGAAAGAGUUAGCAGCAAGCAUUGAGAAGGGUAUUUCCUUUGUAAGAAAAUGAUUAGGUGACAUCAAUCACUUGUUCUUCUCCGAAAUGUUCUUCAAUAUCACAGCUCCUGGAAAAAUAAGUGGUAGGGUCUCUGUAGUAUCAAAACUAGAUGGAAGUGAGUUUCGUAACUCGGAUUUAUGUAGCACACAUAAUGGUUUGAUGUAUGUUGUCCCAAAAAAUAAUGCAAAUAAAUAAAUAAAUAAAAAGAGGGUCUACUUUAUGUUUCUACAGGGUUCAUU